CGGUCCUCCCGGGGCUGCAGUUCGGUCCUCCCACAGCCGAUGGCGCUGUUGUUGCCUUGGGCCCGGGCUGCAGACCGUCUGCUUCAGUGAGUCGGCUCGACAUGGCGGGGCUGCCGCGGCGCAUCAUCAAGGAGACGCAGCGGCUGCUGGCAGAGCCGGUGCCGGGGAUCCGGGCCCAGCCGGACGAGGCCAACGCCCGCUACUUCCACGUGGAGAUCGCGGGGCCACAGGACUCGCCCUUUGAGGGGGGCAACUUCAAACUGGAGCUCUUCCUGCCCGAGGAGUACCCGAUGGCCGCCCCCAAGGUUCGCUUUGUCACCAAGAUCUACCACCCCAACGUCGACAAACUGGGCCGCAUCUGCCUCGACAUCCUCAAAGACAAGUGGUCACCGGCCCUUCAGAUUCGGACAGUACUGCUGUCUAUCCAGGCUCUCCUGAGUGCCCCCAAUCCCGAUGAUCCUCUGGCAAAUGACGUGGCAGAACAGUGGAAAAACAGUGAAUCACAGGCUAUAGAAAUCGCCCGUACAUGGACCAAACUCUACGCCACGAGCAGCUAAGGUGCGAAGGCAGAGAUUCCCCUGGCCUGCCGUCACACUCCCUUCACGCCAGCCCAUCACCCCAACGAAUGUACAGCGUCCAUGGAGUUGUGGGCUGCCCUCAUCCUCCAUGGUGGGGUUCCCUCCUUUUAUUUAUAACUUGAUCCGUAUGGAAAUGCUGAAAAGAAAUCCCUGUUUUUUUUUGUAAUGAUCUGUAGACCUGGGACAAUGCGAUCUGUUUUUUUGUGUAUGAUGUGUAUAUAUAAAUAAAUGAUUGUAUGGAU